AGUUCCUCGACCCUGCUAACUGGAUAAGCCCCCGUAAAGCUCCCAUUCCCGUCCUUGCGUCCUCUCUCUCUCUCUACAAUGGAAACCACUCUCCUUUCCUUCCCUUCAUACAAGCCUCCACCUUCCCAAACCCAAACUCUGAAACCCACAAACCCAUUUUUACACUCUUCCAAACCCAAGUUCCCUUCCUUCAAACCCACCACCCCUUUCCCUUCCAUCAAAGCAGCCAUUUCCCGUACCAAAAAGGAAGAAACGGUUGAAAGGGUUAAAAGCCAAUUAGAGAACUGUUACCUUAUAGCAGCUGUAAAAUACACGGGCUUCACUGUUAAGCAAUUCCAGGAAUUACGUAGAUCACUUCCGGAGUCAUCCAAGCUGCUCGUAGCUAAAAAUACUUUGGUUCUCAAGGCUAUUGAAGGAACUCCCUGGGAAGCCUUGAAACCUUGCAUGAAAGGCAUGAAUGCUUGGCUUUUUGUUCACAGUGAAGAAAUCCCAGAUGCUAUUAAGCCUUACAGGACGUUUCAGAAGGAAAAGAAGGUUGAAAAUGACUUCACAGGGGCGGUUUUUGAAGGGAAGUUUUAUGGGCCUGGAGAGUUUAAGCAGUUGGAAAAUAUGCCUACCAGGGCUGAGAUUUAUGCUAAGCUUUUGGGAAGUUUACAGAGUCCUGCUAUUGGACUUGUUGGGACACUCCAGGCUCCAGCCAGGGAUGUUGUAAUGAUUUUGCAGGCUUAUGUAAAGAAGCUGGAGGAGGAGAGUGGGCAAUAGUGGGGUUUUCAGGAUUCCUUGGUGGAGGAUGGAGAGUCCUUCAACUUGUAAGUGUAAUUUAAGAACCCCUCUUUUUUUUUCUUCUUGUUGUAUUUAAAGAGAGAAUUGCGUCAAUUGUGCUAAUAUGUUUUUAUUUUUGUAAAAUAAUGUAAAAUUGGAAUUUGAAUUGGUGAUGUUGAACCUCAUUGCAAGAUAAACUAUUUAGUGAUUCUUUUGAAUUUUGUCA